UGUCAGUGUGUGUCAGGGUGUGUGUGUGCACGCUCCACUCCGGGGCUUUGCGAGAGCCGCGCGCAUCAGUGGUAGGAGGGGACAGAGCCGCUCCUCGGGCGCACCGGCAGCCCCGGCUCCGCAGGUGCCGCCCGACCGGCACCGGUACCGGCACGGCUCGGCUCGGCUCGGAGUGGAAGGGAACGGAACGGCACGGAACGGCACGGAGAGGCAAGGCUCGGAGCGGCUGCCGCGGGACGGGCCGUCGCGGCCGCACUAAGAUGUGCCAUGAGCGGUCCGGGCUCGGCGCCGAUCGGUCGCUCCGCCUGAGCCCCGGGCAGCAGCCGCCCGCUCCCCCGCUGCCCCUGGGGCCGUAGGGCCGCGCCGGCCCGCGCCCUCCCCAACGAUGCCCCAUCUCUGGCCGGUUCUCCGCGGCGUGCUCUGGGAAUACUGGGCAGCGCUCCUGGUCGGCGGCCUCUGUGGCCAGGGCUCGCACGGGAUGCCGCAUGUCAUCCGGAUAGGAGGAAUCUUUGAGUACGCCGAUGGCCCCAAUACCCAGGUUAUGAGUGCUGAGGAACAAGCCUUCCGAUUUUCUGCCAAUAUCAUUAACAGGAACAGAACUUUGUUGCCUAACACAACACUGACCUAUGACAUUCAGAGGAUACACUUCCACGACAGCUUUGAAGCAACCAAGAAAGCCUGUGACCAGCUCGCUCUGGGGGUCGUAGCAAUAUUUGGACCUUCCCAAGGCUCCUGUACCAAUGCCGUCCAGUCUAUCUGCAAUGCCCUGGAAGUCCCCCACAUACAGCUUCGAUGGAAGCAUCACCCUUUGGAUAACAAGGACACUUUCUAUGUCAACCUUUAUCCUGACUAUGCUUCCCUUAGCCAUGCCAUCCUGGACCUCGUGCAGUAUUUGAAAUGGAGGUCAGCCACUGUGGUUUAUGAUGACAGCACAGGCCUUAUCCGGCUGCAGGAGCUCAUCAUGGCCCCAUCGAGGUACAACAUCCGCCUCAAGAUCCGCCAGCUCCCGCUGGACACGGACGAUGCGCGCCCGCUCCUGAAGGAGAUGAAGCGGGGCCGGGAAUUCCGCAUCAUCUUCGACUGCAGCCACCUGAUGGCAGCUCAGAUCCUCAAGCAGGCCAUGGCGAUGGGAAUGAUGACAGAAUACUACCACUUCAUCUUCACCACUCUGGAUCUUUAUGCAUUAGACCUAGAACCAUAUCGCUACUCGGGAGUGAACCUGACCGGCUUCCGGAUCCUCAACGUCGAGAACCCGCACGUGUCCUCCAUCGUCGAGAAGUGGUCCAUGGAGCGGCUGCAGUCAGCGCCCAAGGCGGAGCUGGGGCUGCUCGAUGGCGUGAUGAUGACAGACGCUGCCCUGUUGUACGACGCCGUGCACGUGGUCUCCGUGUGCUACCAGCGCGCGCCGCAGAUGACGGUGAACUCCCUGCAGUGCCACCGGCACAAGGCCUGGAGGUUCGGCGGCCGCUUCAUGAAUUUCAUCAAAGAGGCCCAAUGGGAAGGAUUAACGGGACGAAUUGUCUUCAAUAAAACGAGUGGUUUGAGGACAGAUUUUGACUUGGAUAUCAUCAGCCUCAAAGAAGACGGCCUUGAAAAGGUUGGAGCGUGGAGCCCUUCCGAUGGUUUGAACAUCACAGAAAUCUCCAAAGGACGAGGCCCUAAUGUCACAGACUCGCUGAGCAACAGAUCCCUCAUCGUCACCACGGUCCUGGAAGAGCCCUUUGUCAUGUUCCGUAAGUCCGACACGGCUCUGUUUGGGAACGACCGCUUUGAGGGCUACUGCAUCGACCUCCUGAAGGAGCUGGCCAUCAUCCUAGGCUUCACCUACGAGAUCCGGCUGGUGGAGGAUGGGAAAUACGGGGCGCAGGAUGAGAAGGGGCAGUGGAAUGGAAUGAUCAAGGAGCUCAUUGACCACAAAGCUGAUCUGGCCGUUGCUCCUCUCACCAUCACCCAUGUUCGGGAGAAGGCCAUAGACUUCUCCAAGCCCUUCAUGACACUGGGGGUCAGCAUCUUGUACCGCAAGCCCAACGGGACCAACCCCAGCGUGUUCUCCUUCCUCAACCCCCUGUCUCCUGACAUCUGGAUGUACAUCCUCCUCGCCUACCUGGGGGUCAGCUGCGUGCUGUUCGUCAUAGCCAGGUUCAGCCCAUACGAGUGGUACGACGCCCAUCCCUGCAACCCAGGAUCGGACAUCGUGGAGAACAACUUCACCCUGUUGAACAGCUUCUGGUUUGGGAUGGGAGCGCUCAUGCAGCAGGGCUCGGAGCUGAUGCCCAAAGCACUGUCUACACGGAUCAUUGGUGGCAUAUGGUGGUUCUUCACCCUCAUUAUCAUCUCGUCCUACACGGCCAACCUUGCUGCCUUCCUGACAGUGGAGAGGAUGGAGUCCCCCAUUGACUCGGCAGAUGACUUGGCAAAGCAGACAAAAAUAGAGUAUGGAGCAGUGAAGGAUGGAGCUACCAUGACCUUCUUCAAGAAAUCCAAAAUUUCCACAUUUGAAAAAAUGUGGGCUUUCAUGAGCAGCAAACCCACGGCACUUGUCAAAAACAACGAGGAAGGGAUCCAGCGAACCCUCACGGCGGAUUACGCUCUGCUCAUGGAGUCGACCACCAUCGAGUACAUCACCCAGAGGAACUGCAACCUCACUCAGAUCGGGGGGCUCAUCGACACCAAAGGCUACGGCAUUGGGACUCCCAUGGGGUCACCGUACAGGGACAAGAUCACCAUUGCCAUCCUCCAGCUCCAGGAGGAGGACAAGCUCCAUGUAAUGAAGGAGAAGUGGUGGCGGGGGAACGGCUGCCCUGAGGAUGAGAACAAGGAGGCCAGUGCCCUGGGCAUCCAGAACAUCGGUGGGAUUUUCAUCGUGCUGGCAGCAGGACUGGUGCUGUCCAUCUUCGUGGCCAUGGUGGAGUUCAUCUACAAGCUGCGCAAAACGGCGGAGCGAGAGCAGCGCUCCUUCUGCAGCGCCGUGGCCGAUGAGAUCCGGCUGUCCCUCACGUGCCAGCGGCGGGUCAAGCACAAGCCCCAGGCACCCGUCAUGGUGAAGACGGACGCCGUGAUCAACAUGCACACGUUCAACGACCGACGGCUGCCAGGGAAGGACAACAUGACCUGCAACACUGGACUGACACCCGUGUUUCCCUAGGGAAUGGGAACGGGGGGGUGGGAGGGAAGGCAGUGCAGCAGACAAGGCUGGAUGCGCUCUAAGUGGGGAAGAAAGGAUUAAAAACAAAACAAGAAAAACCCAGAAAAUUCAGUUAAAAAGCCUGGUUUGGUUCAUUUCAAGAACAAGGUCUUCACCACGCAGCUGCAUCCGUCACCGGAGAGAAGCAAGAGCUUCGAAGCACGGACUGGAACGUGGGUCUUGGGGCUUUUUGGGUUUGGUUUUGUUCUUUUUCGUUCUUUUUGUUUUCCAUGCUUAGAUCCUCCAGGCCUCGCGGAGCCCGACCACGCCACCACGCAUCACCCAUCACCCCGGAGUCUGAUGUUUACAUACUGCAAACACACGGAGGCAAAACGGAAUUGAGCCAAACUGCCCCUCAGUGGGUAAGGAGGAGCCCCCAGCAAGGCUUCUUUAGCAUGGCAAUAAAAAGAACCACUCUGAUAGGUGCAGCGUGAGCAGCCGUCUGUGCGAGCAUCUAUUCCACACUGUCACACAGCACACUUAGGAUCUGUUGGCCAGGAAAGGGAAAGGUGUCUGGGAAGCACCGUGAUGGUCAAGGCAUCUUCUCUUGAAGCAGCUCAUGGUGGUGGCCCUUUGCCUCAGGGCUGACCAUCUGCAUGGGGAUGCGGUGGGAGAAGACAACGCACACGUUCAUCACUCGAUCCAAGGGAGCUGACUGCAAAGGGGCGAGUAAGCCUGAAUGGAGCCGAACCCCUGGCCAGGGAUGGGACAGCGCGGGAGCUGCUGCCAUCUCCAAGUGACAGCAGCCAUAUACCCCCCAUCCAGCGUGGCACCGUGAUUGCCAGGUCCUCAGCUCCUUCACUCUUCCCACAAAGCUCACUCCUUCCUACAAAGAAGCAUGGGAAGCAGCUGAGUCCACAGGAUUCAGCAGCAGCAGGAG